GCUGCGUUGAAUUAGAAGGCAAGUGACGUGUAAACACGCAAUUUAAUAUUAGCAUUGAUUAAGCACUGUUUGGUGUAAAAGUUCUAAACGAAAAUUGUGUAAAAUGUAUUAAAUAUAUACAAAAAGUUUAAUACAAAGUGCACUUUUACACUUAACUUUUUAAUUGUAACGAAUGAUUAGUGUAUGUGAAAUUUAAAUAAUAAUAAAAAAAAAAAAAACGAAAAGUUAGGAACUGUAAUGAGAAUAAGAAGAUUGGCAGCGCUAGCCUUAUUAAAUUUGCUGAAUAAUUUGCUGCACGCCUGGCAUUUGAUAGCAGUCCUUGAACGAAAUUUCAAUUAUAUUUUACGAAGCAUACUUCCAACGUUUUUCUCCGAUACGAUGGAUGGCGAAGGUGGUGAACAACGGGAUCCCAUGGAACAACAUGAGGCUGAGCCAAUGGAAGAGGAUAUGGAAGAUCAAGUAGUAAUGGGUCUAGGCUACGAUGACGAAACAGAUAAUGAAGAUGAUGCUUAUGAAGACGAGCAUGAGGAUGACAAUGCGUCAGAUACGUCAAGUGAAACUGAUUCUGAUUAUAUAGUGGAAAUGGAUAGCGAUGACGCAUUUGAAAGCGAUUAUGUAGCGGGCUAUGGUGGUGGCUACUCAACUAAUUCAGAAAGCGAUAGUGAAGUUGGCCACAAAACUUCUCGCAGCCAUUGGAAUGACGGUUCAGGAUGUCGUGUACCUGUCAUAUCGUUAUAUGCUUUUAAGCCACAGCGUUUGCUUAAGUGCAACUACAAGAAAUUUUGCCCACCAAGGGAUUAUCCUUUUGCGCGUAGUGGACAUCGUGUAGUCGCAUCGGAAUCACACCUUUACACAUUAGGAGGCUACAAUCCAAGAAAUAGAGAACAUGGGACGGGCAUGCUUUUCCAAGAGCUGUGGCGCUAUAAUUUCGCUACUAACCGAUGGGUGCUAUUGCACAAUCCUACAACGAAUCGAAAUAUGCCAAGGGAGUUAGCAUCAAAUGCGCUUAUUAUUAGCAACAAUUUAUUGAUUUCAUAUGGCGGCACCGGCUAUCCAUUUGGUGAAUCUUGCUCAAACGACUGUUAUAUAUAUCAAACAACAGGUAAAAAACCGAGUGUUAAGCGAAUAGAGGCUACUGGUGAUGCGCCAAUUCCGCAAUAUGGGCCGGGAAUAGUUUUACACGAACAUUAUUUAUAUACUGUUGGUGGAACAACUGGCUAUGAUUACUCUUGUGAUGUGCAUCGCUUAAAUUUGCGCACACGAGUGUGGGAAUGCGUAUAUAUCUGUCGUCCAGAUAUACGCGAAGAUCCAGAGGGUCGUUAUCGUCACGAAGUUGUCUACGAUGGGCAAUACAUAUAUGUGCUGGGUGGUGGUACAUCGAAUUUAGUGUAUGAUUUACAACGCAUCCCUGCAUUUAAUUUAAUUACAAACCGAUGGGAAUAUUUCGUCACAUUACCCGAUCGAACAUCACAAACAAAUCUAACAAUCGAGCGACAAAAUUCCGGAUAUCCAAACCCACGAAAGUGCUUUUCCUGCGUACAGCACACGAAAUCGAAUGGUGAGGUCGAAGCAUUCAUUACGGGAGGCUUGCAGGCCGAUCAAGUAUAUUUUUCAGAUAUAUGGAGAUUAAAUUUUACUACUAAGCAAUGGACACUUAUAAAAACAGCGUCUCUACCAAAAGCUUUGUACUUCCAUGCCGCAGCGCACAGUCAAAAUGGUUGUAUGUACAUAUUCGGUGGUAUUGAAUAUGAUGAAAAACGUAUACGACGGUGCAAUGACCUUUAUAAAAUGUGGAUGACCAUACCAUUAUUAAGUGAAAUUUGCUGGGAGGCAGUGUUACAUUACAGACCAAAUCUCAAAUUGAAUGGCCACUCACAGCUGCUUAAAAUGGGCAUACCAUUGCGCUUUGCACAGAGAUUGUGGCAUUCUUCAAAAGCCAAAUGAUUAUACAAUAAAUGAAGAGAUAUAUGGUAUGGUAUGUCAUGUAACGAGCAAUAAAAAGCGACAAUUUUUAUGUUUCAUUCUAGACAUAAAAGCAUACUUAUUGUUUGCUAACCAUUUAGGAAUGACAUAGUUUCAUAUGGAAGAAAUGGAACCAAAAGAAUAAACAUAAUAAAAUAAGACAUUAAUAAUGAGUAAAAAUGAAAAAAGCUAAUUAAUAUGAAAAUAAGAGUAAUUAUUUUUAUACGCUACAUAUGUGUACGAGCAGUUGUGGCGAUUUUUUUUUUACAAUAUGGUUCAUACACUGUCAAUGGAUGCUCAGAUCACGAAUUCUAGAAAAUUGUACCAUAAAAGUGGAAGCAGGAUCAAGUGGCCAAUCGGGCAACCAGACCAACACCAAAUUUAAAAGGAUAAUAGUCUGCCGUCUGAUUUAAAGUUGGUAUCCAUGAGUCUAUGCGUAAUUAAAUUCGCUUUUUCCAGAUUAACGAUAUAAACAAAUUAUUUUCAAUAAAGAAAAGAAACCAAGUUUUUAAAUCAAGGCGGCAGUAAUGUGCUAAAUAGAGAUUGGCCUCGAAUGCUUGCAGUUUUUUUCUGUCCACUACUACAUUUAGUUACAUAUAUCUACUAUAUAUAUGUAUGUAUAGUACACACACACACAUUUAAUUUAAUGCAAUACAACAUUAGUAGAGAACGACCGCACUUCGGAUUCGGCCACAUAAGUUUUUUUGGCUCCGGCCGAAGAAGAGCCCCCUAUUUGGCAAAACAUUUCUUUCACAUUUUUUGUUCAAAGUUUGUAAUGAAAUUUAGUAUUUGUAAUAGUUUUUGAAUACUUCUAUCAAAGCCCACAUUUUACAUUCACUGCUUUAGAAUAUUUACUCUUCCAUCGAGUGUGACUAGGGAGCAAUUGCUGCAAGUCAGCUCUAAACCGAUAGACGGGGCCGAAAGAUGAAAAUGCCAUUAUAAUAAAUUUCAAUUAUCAAUAUAAAAUUAUUCAACUAUAAGUAUUCAAUAAUUACUACAUGUAUAUAUGUAAAAAUAAGUUGAAAUUAAUAUAGUUGAUACUUAUUUAUGUAUCUGUUUUGCUCUUUUAUUAUUAGAACAAUACUGAAUUUUUGAAAAAAUCGUUGGUUGUUUAUUACUUCCACCCUUUGAAAAGAUCGGUUCUUCGGCCUUAAAAUUUAAUGUUCGGUCGUUCUCUAACCAUUAGUAACAGCUAGUAAAGGAAUCAAAUAAAGCCACAACCCGAAUGAUGAUAAUUAAUUAAUUAGUUAGAUAUUCAAAACAAUUUAUUAUUAAUAUUACUGAUAUCUAACUGUAGAAAGAAUGUAAGAUUUCAAAGAAAUUGGUAUGUAUGUAUAUACAUCUUUCGGCUCAUACUCAUUAACGUAAUAAUAAUUCGAUUUCGUAUAUUUGUAAUCGAAUUUAAAAACAAUCUGAUUUUAAAUUACUUUUAUUUGCAUUUGUUUCAAUUAUAGAUUUCAAAGCAGCAACUCUUUGCUAGCAAAAAGUUGUAAACACUUAAAAAUUUAGUGGUAAACGAUUUUUAAUAAAGGAAGGAAUACAGCGCAGUUGCAAUUUUCAGCCAAUAAGCUUUCAUAAAUACAUACAUACAUCCAAUAGAAACCUCUAAAUAUGCUCAUGUAUGUACUUCUAAUUAUUGCCAUUGCGAUUGUGCCUGAGAUUUAGACUUGUACCAACAAAGAAAUGUAAAUAUGUAAUUGCUAUAAUAAAUUAAAAAGAGUUUAAUAGAUUCA